AUGGACUUCUUCCUUGUGACGGACAUCGUCGUGCUUGUUCUGCAAGUCCUAGCCAUCACUCUCAAUGUCAUCACCUUAUUUGCUUUAUAUAGGAUAAAGAAAGAAAGCAUAUCAACUCGGCUGGUCAUGUACCUCACAGUUACGGAUUUUAUCCAUGCUUUAUUGGUUUCAUUUUACACCCUGUACCUACUCGUGAAAUGGAAUCCAGUCCGUAUAAACAUGGAUCCUUAUAUUGUUAUGAUAUCUGCCAUGCCGCUAACGUUCCAACUGAAAGUCAACCUUAUUUUAACGAUUGCAAUAGCAUUGGAUAGAGUUUUGGCUCUUUAUGUUCCUGUUCAAUACAGAAUGAUUUCGUCACUGAAAUUCGUCGCUGUUGCACUGGUCUUAGCUACAGUUUUUGGUAUUUGUGAUCUUAUAAUCGAAUUUCUACUCUCCCCAAUAGUUCCAAAGAUAGACUGCGCUGCUGUUGGAUGUUUUGUUAGUCCUCAGUUUCGGAGUUACUGGGGAACUAGUAAUAUGAUACUAGGCUUAUGCAUCAUAGUGUUGACGGCGUUCGUCUUAGUGAAAUUGCAUCAUAUGCGGGUGCGAGCUAGACGAUCAAGAACCACUAACACAAGCGAAAGCUCGAAAUUAGCUCAGGCGAAUAGGUCAUCAACAAGUUUUUUGCUCAGCUCCCUGGUUUGCCUCACAGUUCCUAGUGUGAUUGUCGGUGGCGCGGAGUUGUUUGGUUUUUCCUUGUUCGAAUAUAUAGGACCUUUCUACCUUGUCGGUCUCCUUUGCGCUAGUGAGUUUUGUAAUUAA